AGAAUAUUCCCAAAAUUGUGUGAAUCAAGGUAGAGGCUGAGUGUUCUCCCCCACCUGUGACUGCAUCUCUCUUCAAUGUCCAUGGUCACUGGCAAAUCUCUUCUAUAUAAUGUGAUAUAGUGAUAGUGAUAAGUGAAGUAACAUUUUUUGAAAGGAAAGAAAGUCUUCACCUUUCUGGGAAAUGGCAGGGAAACGAGCAUUCAUAAUCUAUGCACAUCAGGAGCCCAAGUCUAUGAAUGGAUCUUUGAAAGAUGCAGUGGUAACUGAACUGAGCAGUCAGGGCUGCCAAGUCACCGUGUCUGAUUUGUAUGCCAUGAACUUUGAGCCAAGGGCCACAAGGAAAGAUAUUGUGGGUGCUCUAAGCAAUUCAAAAUCCUUCAAUUAUGCUGCAGAAACAUAUGAGGCAUAUAAGAAAGGAGCUCUCUCCAGUGAUGUGGUUGAGGAGCAAAAGAAAGUACAAGAAGCUGAUCUAGUAAUAUUUCAGUUUCCAUUGUAUUGGUACAGCGUGCCCGCCAUCAUGAAGGGCUGGAUAGACCGAGUGCUCUGUCAAGGGUUUGCCUUUGAACCCCCAAAAUACUUUGACAAAGGUUCAUUUAAGAAUAAAUUAGUCAUCCUUUCGUUCACUACUGCUGGGACUGCUGAGAUGUAUUUUAAAAAUGAACUUGGCGGAGAUAUUAGAUACAUCUUAUGGCCUAUACAGCAUGGUGUGUUUCACUUCUGCGGUUUCAAAAUCCUCGCCCCACAGAUCAGUUUUGCUCCUGAACAUGCACCAGAAGACAAAAGAAAGGAGAUGGUAACAUCUUGGGCAAGGAGAGUGGCAACCAUUUGGGAUGAGAAGCCAAUACACUGCAUUUCUUCUUGGUACUUUGAAUAAUAACAUUUUAUAUUGCAUGCAAGGUUUCCUCUGAUUUUUGAAAACUGAGAGAAAAUUUCUUGGGGUACCUGAGCAUUUGUAUACUGGAUUUAGUGUCAAGAACUCAAUAAACUUGAUAACAAAAUUAAUCAUAUGCAUGUAAUCAUUUAUAUAAUAGACUAUUUAGUAAUUGGACGUAGAUAGAAGUUUAAAAAAAAAUGUUUCAGAUGUUAUUUUAUACAGGCUGGCCAAGAAUUUUUGGAGUCAUUUUUUGGUAGGAUAAGACAGGGGAACUGAAUGCAUUAUGAUUGGGCUUCUUCCUUUUUCCCAAAGGAAAUAACUGGGUCUCAGGUCUCAGGUAUGGACAGUUAGGACUAAGAGUAAAUAGAGACCCAAGUUUCAUUUGUCUUUACAAAAGUCAAUCUUUUCCUUUUUGUAGUGGGAGUUACCUCCCUUUACUAAGGAAUCAUUUUUAAAGAGAAAAGUGUGAGCCUUAAGCUUCUUUUAAAAGGCCUCAGUAUUUAUCCUGUGGCACAGGAUAAAUUGUCUACUGUAAUGGGCUGAAACUGAGCAGAUGCAC